CCUAGUUUGGGUCGAUGGAACAGCACGAUCGUUCCAACAUGGCUCCGCAUCGAGUGUUCCAGUAGCGUUUUCGAGACACGUUCGCGAGAACUGCUCGUCGCGCGACGUCAUUAUCGGCCAAUUAGGUGAAUUACAAGCAACAGGUUUGGUCAACCGAGACCAUGGCGACGUCCAGCAAGUGGGAUUUGUCCAAGGAGGACAUUAAAUCAGCGGCAAACGAUGAAAAGGAAUCACUUUUGGAGCACGAGAGCGAUACAGAAGAAAACAUGGUGUUCAAUCGACCUAGUACGUCCUCGGGGGAGACACGCGCGGAUGGAAAGAUGGACAGCGUCCGACUGCAAAUCCAAGAGGUGACAGAAACGAUGCGCGAGAACGUGCAGAAAGUAAUGGAACGUGGCGAGAGGCUCGAGGAUCUACAGGAAGCUAGUGAUCGUUUGAAUAUGGCCGGAAGCGAAUUCAGAUCAACCGCGAAGAAAGCACAGCAAAGGGCGUGGUUACAGAAUUUCAGGACGAGAAUAAUCUUGGUCGCUAUCACGGUGACGGUGGUAAUCUGCAUUAUUGUACUGGACAUCACGGUGCUUUACCUGGUUCUCAGAUAGCGAACACACGGUGUAGCGAGCCUCAAACGUUCGAUUCCAGGUAUUCAUCAAUUUUCCACUUCUAAGUCUGUUCCCAGUACACAUCUCACCGGCUUCUCUCUUACCUUUAUCGGCUAGGUAGGUUAUCCUUGAAAUUACCGUCAAAUUUAACGCAUCGUGUUAGAGAUUUAACAAGGCUCUUUCCAUUAUCGACGCUUCUCAUUGUUCGUACGAUUUGCACGCGUCUCGUAUCGCUUUGAAAACCUCAUGUUUUAACGUUCGAAAUCAUUUACAGAACACGUCAACGUAUCAUUGACGUUUUAUUUUUUCAGUAUCCAUCGUUGUGAAAUAUUCGUGACCGAGGCUCCGUCCAGACUGAAACACAAUCGUUAUAUCGUGCGUACGUUCUGUAUUUGUACCUGUCUUUCAUGAACUGUAUACGUGUAUUAUUAUCAUAUAAGUUUGUAUAAAAUACAUAUUCUUGUUAUUUUUAA